CAAGCAAUUGAUUGGAAACGGCCGUGACGUGUCUGACGUAACCUCAACACGACGACAAAAAGCGGUGUAAUUUUAAUCGCCCUUUAAACCUUCGCCAAGUAGUAAUAAAUACUAAUGCGCGCUUAAACAGCCUACUUAGACACAGCUACACUUCUGUGUAAAACUUCAUUGCAUUCGGAUCAACGAUACCGUAAAUAUGGACGUCAUUAAACAAGCAUCUAGUUAUUUGCUCACACCAGAGUGUGUUGAUGAAUAUUUUGUCAAAUUCAACGUAUUUGAUGGUCCAUGCUUCAUGUCAACUCUAAGUAAGGGCCUUGGUUUUGCCCUGAUCCUUGGAUCAAUUCUAGUCAAACUCCCGCAAAUUCUCAAAAUAUGGAGGAACAAAUCCGGCGAGGGCAUCAGCCUUCUCAGCGUCUCAUUCGACCUGAGCGCCAUCAUGAUCUACGGCUGUUAUAGCAUCGUGAAUGAAUUCCCAUUCAGUUCCUGGGGCGAUUCAUUCUUCUUACUUCUACAAACACUUUUAAUCGCCUGCCUUAUUCUGCAUUAUUCCGGACGCACAAUGAUGGCGUUCCUGUACGCCAUGCUGUAUACGAGUGUCUUCCUUGUGUUCAUUUCCGGUUACACACCGAAAGACUUCCUGUGGACACUGCAAGGCUUCAACAUUCCUAUUUUAUUAGUUGGAAAGCUAUCACAAGCUCUCACCAACUUCAAGAAUGGCCACACUGGUCAGCUAUCAGCAGUGACGAUGUUCAUGAUGUGUGCGGGCAGCGCAGCGCGAAUCUUCACAUCAAUUCAGGAAACUGGCGAUUUCAUGAGCAUCCUGACGUAUUGCGUGUCAACCAGCGCGAAUGCAGUGAUUGUCCUGCAGAUUUUAUACUACUGGAACGUGGACGCUACCAAAAUGGAGAAGAAAAGGUCGUCGCAGAAGGGAAGAAAGGCAAAGAAGGUUGAUUAACUCUCAACUAAAAACAAAACGUACUAGAAAAUAAAACUUUUGCAUUACACAUUAAGUGAUGAAGCCUAGUUGCAAUAAUAACGAUGUACAUCCAAAGAAACUUAUUUAUUAUUAUAGUAUACGUGUCUAUAACGAAUAUUUCUCGCUCAUGACAUGUUUAAUGUAAUAAUAUAUAAGAACUGAUUGAAAAUAAUAGAAAAAUGCAAUUUUCAUCAUUACAACAAGGCCUAACCACUGAAACUAGACUUUUUACAACUAAAAACUAAUUAAAUUGUAAUACCUCCAUAAAAUUUAUGGAUUUUGCGGACGUAGGAAUAUUUUCAAUCAUUGCUUGCAAUUUUAAAGUAUGCCAAAGCAAUAAACAUCAGAAAGCAAUGAAAAAAAAAAUGAUGUAACAUAAUAAAUUAGGAAAUUAUACGCGCACAGGUGAAGUAUGUUCUAUGAGCAAAACACAAAUACAACAAAUUCCGUUCUACGUUUUAAAAUGCAAAUUCUAUUAAAGAGGUAUUAGACUAGUCCAACUUAUAAUAA